UUUCUUCGGGAAAAAUCGUUUUCUUCGUCCGUUCUGAAACUCGAAAGCUAUUUCUUUGGGUCAUCGCCGUGUACCGUCUGUUUCUCAGAAGCAACAUUUAUUGCCAACGAUCCUCAAUAAGGCUUGGAAAACCAAAACCGAACGAAACGAGCAAGAUCCAGCUCGGCUGCUGACGCUGAGGUGGGGCCCACGAUGAGUUGGUCUGGCCGUGAUCGUCAUAGAUAGGUAGGCAUAUUUGUGUGUGACAAACCUCCCCAUUGCAAAUUCACCUUCUUUUCCUGUCCUUGCCGCGUCGGCCCGCUCUCCUUCGCUCUCGUGCGACUCAAGAAGUUCGAUUCCGGUCGCUGAUAAUGUUUCCAUCGCCCCUCUCCUUCCUCCCCGCUUCAUUUCGUUUUCGAGAUGAUGCCCAAGGUUGUGAAAACCCAAGAACUUAUCUGUUCUUCUGCGGACCAUGUUUUCCGCGGCGAAUCCAUUAUUCGUCCACCUCAGACUCUUUUUGGUGCAUCGCAUGACGCAUACAACCUUCUCUGUGUGCUGGGAACACGAAUUCUCUCGUACCCACGAUGACUGGAUGAUGCAUAUCUGGCUGUGAUUUUGUACCCACGAUUCUUUUAUGGAUAUCACAGAGGAACGGGCCUGCUGUUUGUUUAGUACAUGAGAUUGAUAGAUUGGUAGAUUGAUAGAUUUCUGAUAUGACUUUGACCCGGGCCCUUUCAUACUUGUCGAGUUCUUUACUCUUUUAUCUAUAUAUGUGCGUGAGCAUGUGUGUGUGUUCGAUACCCUUCUUUUACCGGGCGAGAUAAGGAGACGAUGAUAAUGAUCUUCGACAAUGGUUGUUCUCAUCAAAGGGAAAAUCUGAAUACAUCACUCCUCUUGUCUUUAAGCGUUGGUAGAUUGAGAAGCAAGGAUAUCCCUUUCUUUUCAUUUUCAUCGAUGCAGUAUUGGUUUGCAAGUUCGAACUUUUCUUUAUCAAUAAAAAUUAAAAAGAUACAUGUUCCUUAAAAUAUGUGUCACUAAGAAUAAGAAUCUUCUGCAUAUGAGUGUAUCAAAAAAAAAAAAAGGUGUGGCAUAGUGUAUCAGAGAUAGAACGUUAUUUUCCAAGGAAGGAAAGCUACUGGACCUCGAAAAUCGCAAGAUUGGUGCACUUUACAAAUCAGCUGCAAUCUUUUCUUUGCUUUAGUUUGAUUUCAUCAGGUCAUUUAUAUGAUCUAACAUGGCAAUAAUAGUCAAAUAUUGUCUGAACAAUUGAACAUUACAUCACGAAAUUUUGCAUUCUCGUUCAAUAUUAUUCAUGAAGCUUUGCUUCUCGUCCCUCUGUUUUAUUCAAUCCUUUCUCUUUUUCUUCCGGUGUACAUUUGCAAGUGUAGCGCAGUGCCUGUCGGAUUUUGUUGUCUGUAAGGUUCCAUUUCAAGCAUUAGAGAUUGAGAUUCUCAAAUGUCUGGUUUCCCAAUUGCACAACCUGUCAGAGGUCCUGCUCCUAGAGGUGCAGCAAGACUAGAUCAUGGAUGCAAGAAGCAUACAAGUGGCAACAGGACAUUACUGUGCUCAAAUGGAUCGAUGGAAAGAAUCAGGGAGCAUUUGCGGAAGAUUGAACUUUCAGCUUCAUCUUAUGACACUGCAUGGGUAGCAAUGGUCCCUUCUCCGAUGUCUCCUCAGCGUCCAUGUUUCCCACAAUGUCUGAAUUGGAUAUUAGACAAUCAACAUCCUGAUGGCUCAUGGGGACUUCAUCAUUUCCAUCCCUCUCUUAUUAAUGAUGGUCUGUCUUGCACGUUGGCAUGUAUCCUUGCACUUGAGCGAUGGAAAUCUGGUCAAGAACAUGUUAGGAGAGGUCUCAGCUUUAUCGAAAGUAACUUUUCUCGCAUUGUCGAUGAGCAAUUGCAUUCUCCUAUUGGCUUUGAUAUUAUAUUUCCUGGUAUGCUUGAAUAUGCCCUCAACAUUGGCUUAGAAAUUCCCAUCGACCAAAGUGACACAAAAAACAUGCUUUGCAAGCGAGAUGCAGAACUACAAAGAGAACAAGGAAACAAUCGUGAGGGACGAAAAGCCUAUUUAGCAUAUGUUGCAGAAGGAUUGGGGAAUAUAUUGGACUGGAGAGAAAUUAUGAAAUAUCAAAGGAAAAAUGGAUCGCUAUUCAAUUCACCAUCCACAACUGCUGCUGCACUGAUGCAUAUUUAUGAUGCUAAAGCUCUCGAGUAUUUGCAUUCUCUUCUAUCGAGAUUUGGCAGUUCAGUUCCUACUUCAUAUCCAGUAGAUGUGCAUAUACAUCUUUGCAUGAUUGACAACAUUGAAAGGUUGGGAGUCGCUCGACAUUUUAGUCACGAGAUAAAGAGCAUUUUGGACAGAAUAUAUAGAUGCUGGUUGCUAAACGAUGAAGAAAUUAGUUCAGACAUGGCCACAUGUGCCAUGGCUUUUCGUCUUUUACGAAUGAAUGGAUAUGAUGUAUCCUCAGAUUGCUUUACCAAGUUCAGCGAAGUAAACUAUUUCUACAACUCGCUGCAAGGAUACCUUAAAAAUGUGAGUACUGUUUUGGAACUUUACAAGGCAUCACAAAUCAAAAUCUCACCAAAUGAACAAGUUUUAGACAAACUAGGCUCCUGGUCAAGGGACUUUCUCGAGCAAGCAUUGAUUAGCAACCAAAAACUUGGACCGCAAGUUGCUUUACAAGAGGUAGAUUAUGCUCUAAAUUUUCUGUUUUAUGCAAAUCUUGAUCGCCUAGAGCACAAAAGAAAUAUUGAGAACUUCGGUGCUGAAAAGUUCCAUGUUCUCAAAACAUCAGACCAAUAUGGUGGUAUAAAUGACAAUAAUCUCUUAGGACUGGCACUGGAAGAUUUCUGUACUACUCAGUCUAUAUAUCACAAAGAACUCCAAAAUCUUGAGGAUUGGGUCAAAGAGAAUAAAUUGGAUCAGCUAGAAUUUGCCCGGCAGAAGCAGGCAUAUUGCUAUUUUUCUGCUGCUGCUACUCUUUUCUCUCCUGAAAUGUCUGAAGCUCGCAUGUCCUGGGCCAAAAAUAGUAUUCUCGCCACUGUUGUUGAUGACUUCUUCGACUUUGGAGGAUCCAGAGAAGAGCUUGAAAGUCUUAUUUCGUUGGUUGAGAAGUGGGAUGGAACCUGGAAAGAUGAGUCCUGCUCUGAACAAGUUAAGAUUAUUUUUUCUGCUCUGUUUAAUACAAUAAAUGAGCUCGGUAUUAGGGCAUCUGCAUUGCAGCGGCAUGGCGUCACCCACCAUUUAGUUGAAAUAUGGCUUAGUUUGAUUAAGUCCAUGAUGAAAGAGGCAGAGUGGACACUCAACAAAGAAGUUCCAUCACUGGAUGAGUACAUGUUGAAUGGAUGUCUGUCCUUUGCUGGAGGACCAGUUAUCCUCCCAGCGCUCUAUUUUGUUGGGCCACAGCUUCCUGAAUAUGUUGUCAAUCAUCCAGAAUAUCUGAAUUUGCUCAAACUAGUAAGCACAUGUGGGCGUCUUCUUAACGACAUGCAAGGUUUUCAAAGAGAAGGCAAGGAAGGAAAGUUGAACAGCGUGUCACUACGUAUUCUUCACAGUCAUGGUUCGGCUUCGGAAGAAGAGGUGAAGAAAGAGAUGCAAAGGGCCAUCGACGGGAGUAGGACUGAGCUCUUGAGGCUGGUGCUGCAACGAGAUGGAAGUGUCGUCCCAAGGCGUUGCAAGGAUCUCUUCUGGAAGAUGUGCAGGAUCCUGCAUAUCUUCUACAUGAAGACCGAUGGAUUUACUUCGCCAAACGAGAUGCUUGGUGCUGUGAAUUCAGUCAUUCAUGAACCACUAAAGGUCAGCCACAUGUAAUGGAAUUCAUGGGGAAUAAAUGGAGGAGUUUGAUGGUUUUUUA